UGGUCAAGUUUACAAACUCCACUCAGCAAUGAAUGAAGAACAAAGUUAGAUGGUAGCAAUCAAAAGCCUCCAUUUUGAGAUUUCCGAUAUGCUAAGUCCACGUUUUACUAUUGAAGUCAACUUAAAAAAUGAGCUCGGAAUUAAACUAAGAGGGCUCUAUAAAGCAGAGGAUACUCCACCGAGAAUCAAUGAUUGUUGCUCUACACUGCAUUGAGCACCCAUAAAGCAAGCAGAGAAACUCUUCCUAUGAAAGAUAAGUCUUCAUGGAGAAUACUACUCAAGAAAUGGAACUGCAAAUUAGAGUGGAAAACAAGGAAUUGAACUCGCAGUUACGGAUGCCCUCAACAGCCACCACUCAACAGCGGCUUCCUACAUACAAAGACUAUAUGUGGUGGUUUCGAGUAUCCCUCUACAUUGUUUCUCUUCUUGCUGGUCAAUCCGCUGCUACUCUUCUGGGAAGGCUAUACUAUGAUAAAGGUGGGAACAGCAAAUGGAUGGCAACAUUUGUUCAAUCAGCAGGCUUUCCUGUCUUGCUUCCCAUCUUACUGUACGUCCAGCUAUCUAAAUCCUCUUCAAACAAUGCUCCUCCAAAACAUCCAUCUAUCUCCACCUUUUUGUUGCUUUUUCUCUUCUUUGGCCUACUUUUAGCCGGUGACAAUCUAAUGUACUCAUACGGCCUCUUAUACCUCCCUGUCUCCACGUAUUCUCUCAUAUGUGCUACUCAAUUAGCCUUCAAUGCACUCUUUUCGUUCGUGCUGAAUUCCCAAAAAUUCACCGCAUAUAUCUUCAAUUCCCUAGUCCUGCUUACUGUCUCAGCCUCACUUCUUGCAGUCCAUCCAGACUCCGACUCCACGACAAAAGUUUCCAAAGGGAAGUACAUCAUUGGAUUUCUGUGCACAGUUGGUGCAUCAGCUACGUACUCGCUGUUCCUCUCCCUCCUGGAAUUAACUUUCAAGAAGGUAAUCAAGAGAGAAACCUUUGAUGCUGUUUUGCUGAUGCAAAUAUAUCCAUCAUUUGUUGCAACUUGUGCUUGUGUGGUGGGACUUUUUGCUAGUGGUGAGUGGAAAACAUUGCCAUCAGAAAUGAAAGAGUAUGAAAAGGGCAGGGUGUCCUAUGUCAUGACCUUGUUUUGGACUGCCGUCUCAUGGCAGAUUUCAUCUGUUGGUUUGUUGGGGUUGAUUUCUGAGGUGUCCUCCCUGUUUUCAAAUGUCAUUAGUACCAUUUCCCUGCCCGCUAUUCCAAUUCUUGCUGUGAUUUUCUUCCAUGACAAAAUGGAUGGGGUGAAAGUAAUAUCUUUGAUCCUUGCAAUAUGGGGCUUCCUUUCCUAUGUCUAUCAGCAUUAUCUCGAUGAUGUGAAUGCUAAAUCAAGAACAUCCAUGUCAAAUGCAGAAGCCUCUGGUUCUUUCCUAUGGACUUCUUGAAAGAUUCGAGAGUAAUCCUGCAUAAUGCUCAAGGGAUAAGCAAAUUCAUGGAAAGAUUUAGUCAUAGCAAACCUGUGUUUGUUUCCACAUUCUAAUCAGUCAUUAAAUCACAUAGCUAUCUAUAUAGGGUGAUUUCCUUGACAUUUUUACUUUCAACAGAUCAAAUCUUUUUGCACUUGUCUUUUGUUACACUGACAUCACUUACCUUAUAGUAUCUUAAUUAUAUUAAGGACUUCAAUAUGUUUUCCUGAAGGUCUACUCACUUCCUGAUCACUGUUUCCCCAUAGCUUUUAUUUUCCCUGAAAUGACUCAAAUUGUU